ACGUCGAGGAAAGAACAGAAUCAGGGAAUAAAGAAGUCGUCGAGCAGAAGAAGAGAACAAUGAGUGAUGAUGGUCCAAAACUCUACACCACCAAACCCAAAAAAGCACACCUGAAACAACACAACAAAGCCAAAGAGUACUCAUCUCCCCCAUCAAUGGAGACUCCCGCGGCUCCUCCUCCUCCUCCACCUGAGCCUCCAAAGGUGCCUUUUACCAGACGCUACAAGUUCCUGUGGCCACUUCUCUUAACUGUGAAUCUUUCUGUGGGAGCUUAUCUAUUUAUGAGGUCAAAAAAGAAGGAUACAGUAAUAGACGAUGACAAAAUUGUAGUCGAUGUUCCCUCUACUCCAAUUGAAAGUACAACUACAGUUACCCAAAUAUCAUCACCCACUCCACAGAUCAUAGAGCCACCAAAGGUGCAGCGCCCACCUAUCCCAGAGGACCAGCAGCGUGAACUGUUCAAGUGGAUAUUAGAAGAGAAAAGGAAAAUCAAGCCCAAGGAUCGUGAGGAGAAGAAACGUAUUGAUGAAGAGAAGGCCAUCCUCAAACAGUUUAUUCGAUCAAAGUCCAUCCCAAGUAUCUAAGUCAGAAACCUGUGUUCUGGUUUGAAAAUUCAGGGAUUUAUGAGCUUUGGUUUUCUUUAUUGUUUGGCCUGAUUCUUGAUUUUUACUUCUUGUUGAGUGUCAACUGUCAAAUUAUUCACUCUCUUUAUCAACAAAUUUGCAUUUUGGAAGAAAUUCUGUAAAAUGCUUAAUAUUUUGCUGUA